CUCACCCACCCAAUGCCCCCACAGAAAAGUCUUGUACUCAUUCUCCACCUCCCCCCUCUCUUUAAAACCAUACCUUAUAUCCAUUUUUUCAUACAAAACAUUUCAACCUUAAAACACCUCCUUCAUAGUUAUUUUUUUUUUCUCAAUUAUCAAAUGGGGUUUAAUGAUCAAAAUUCCCUUCAUCUUGUUCUAGGCUUAUCUUUGAAUACUUCUACUACUCCAAAACAAAUAACCACCACCACCACCACCACCACCACCACCACCGUAAAGAAUCCCUAUUCCUCCACCGAGCCAUCCUUAACGUUAGGACUCUCCCCAGAGAGUCCUAACAUCCAUAGAAUUAACCAAACUUCUUCACCUCAUAGUGUUGUUGUUUCAUCUUUCUCAAAUGGGAGAGUCUUGCAAGUGAAGAGAGAAAGAGAGGAAGAAGAAGAUCAAGAGGUAGAAGAAGAGAGAGUUUCUUCAAGAGUUAGUGAUGAAGAUGAAGAUGCUACUAAUGCUAGAAAGAAACUUAGGCUUACCAAAGAACAAUCUUUACUUUUGGAAGAAAGCUUCAAAUUGCAAAGCACUCUUAAUCCGAAAGAAAAACAAGCUUUAGCAAAGCAGUUGAAUCUAAGGCCUCGACAAGUUGAAGUGUGGUUCCAGAAUCGGAGAGCAAGAACAAAGCUGAAACAAACGGAGGUUGAUUGCGAAUUUUUGAAGAAAUGUUGUGAAACGUUAACGGACGAAAAUAGGAGAUUAAAGAAAGAGUUACAAGAGCUGAAAUCAUUGAAGCAAGCACAACCUUUAUACAUGCCCAUGCCUGCAGCUACACUCUCCAUGUGCCCCUCUUGCGACCGGCUCGGCCGCGUCGCGGAUGGUGGCGGUUCGAAUAAGAAGAUCACUGCCUUCACCAUGGCUCCCAAUACUCACUUCUAUAAUCCUUUCAAUAAUCCUUCCGCAGCUUGUUAAAGAAAUUAAAUACAUGUAGUAUUUUCUCCCUACAAUCAUUGUAUUUUUUUGGUUGAGGGAUUGAUACGUCUAGCUAAUUAAGCUAGGGAAACGUACGUACGUUGUAAUUAGUUAAUUAGCUAUAUAAUACUGUAGAAAAUUAUAGUAACUGCUAAUGAUAAUUACUUUUUUGCA